AGUUGAGUAACAUGCAUCAUCAAAGGAGCGAGUACUCUGAAAACAAACCGCACGACUUUACGAUAAGAGUAUCACUACCCUUAGCCACCCUUAACACGACCGAGCACACUCAAGAUACGUCAGUUGCUCGCAGCCUCUCGAUCGGGGUGGCUGUGUACACGUCAGCAACGGAUUACCGCGAAUAUACGAAGAAAAUAAUUUAUUUGUACGCGAAAAAUUUUGAUCACAAAAUAAAGAAAUGAGUGAAUCUAAGUUAUUUCAAUAGUAAAAUUUAUUGCUAAAAUUCGUCUUUUGAGAGCAAACUUUUUAAACGGGAUUUGAGGACUGACUCACUCCGAAAAUUGUAUAAUAAAUUAGUGCCCUAAAUAAGCGACAUUUAGGGCGGCCAAACAAGGACUUUUAUGAUCUAAUCCUUAAAUCGCAACUUCAACGGGGCUAGUGUUUGUUAGGGAAAAUUCGUUUAAGUGAAGAUAUGUGAUAGGUGCAAAAGCUCAAAGUAUAAUGGCUGAAUAUCAUAAAGUUCGUUGAUAAAUUGAAAUGAACCGUUUCGAUAAGCUUUCUAUACACGAUAAAGACGACGAAAAUGACAGAGCAAACUGUACGAAGCCGAACAAAAUAUUGGAAUUGGACUUGGAUUACCUUGAGCGAGGCGGUGGAGGAACACUGACGACGGGCGGAGCUCCAAGCGUAGAGCCAAGCCCAGAAAGCCUUGACCUCGUCAAAGUUGUGCUACUCGGUGCUCCAGCAGUCGGAAAGACGAGUAUUAUCCAGCAAUUUGUCUGGAGCGACUUCUCGGAAGAAUACAUACCUACCGAUCGAAAGCACACCUUCUAUCCAUCGGUGAUCAUCAACGAGCACUUAUAUGAAGUUAAGAUAACCGACGUUCCGGUGAUCCCGUACUUUCCGAUCAAUUCGUACUACGAAUGGGCUCACUACAGAUUUUACGGACUACGGAACGCCACAGCCUACAUUCUCGUGUUCGAUCUGUCUAAUGUCGAAACAUUUCAGUACAUACGAACGCUACGAGAUCAAAUGGUCGAGAGUCGCGACAUGCGAAAUGUUCCCGUGCUCGUUGUCGGCAAUAAACAGGAUUUGCUUUGCAGCACUACACCGUCGGCGGCGAGCGGUUUGCAACAGCUGGCAAUAGCGGAAAGCGCUUGCGGCGAUUCAAGGGAGAAGCGACGUAAUAUUGUGAAUUUAGUGAGGAAACAUUGGAAGUGUGGUUACGUUGAGUGCUCGGCGAAAUACAAUUGGAGAGUGAUAGCGGUGUUCAAGGAGUUAAUGGAAAUGAUUGAUGCCCUAGAGUGGAGCGGCGGUGGUAGGAACGCGGAACCGCCUCCUGAUUCAUCCGCUGGUGGCGGGGCUGGUUCGCACGACACUAGAUGUGUGGUUGCUUAGCAUUCGUAAACUUUAUUAACUGUUAUAAUCAGGAAAGGAGAGGAAGUUCGUGAAAUUAAAAUUAAUAAUUACAAAUAUAAGUUUCGUGAAUUAGUGAGAGAAAGGGCAUUAUGGCGUGAAAUAAAUUUGUACUUUAAGCUGUUGUUUGUAGAAGUUUGUUUUAAGUGCACAUUUAUUGUAAAUAAUGAAAGGAUGUAAUAUAAGAAUACCGAUGUUAACAGAGCUGUUAAUUGUAAAAGUCGCAAGCAAUAAGAUUCAACUGAAGUUUUCCAGAAUAUUUUAAGAAACAUAAUAUUAUUUUAAGAUAAUAAUUUCUCGCUUAUAAAUUUUCAUUAAAAUUAGCAUGGCGACAUUUUUUUCUGCCAAACGAACAUUAAAAAUGUCAUUGCUCAGAUUAAAAGUCAUCGUUUCUAUUUGAGUAACUUACUCAAUUUUAUCUUAAAAUUUCUUGCAUUACACUAUAGUAUAAAUUAAAAGUUUUCUCAUUUUUAAUUAAAUUAUUUUUCGGUUAGUAACUUUUACCACAAAAAAAUAAUUUCCUACGACUAUACAACUUGCCUUUUAUGAUAUUUGCACUUAAGUCGUUAAACAUAUAUAAUUGGAGUAGUAAUGGUCUAUUAGUAUGUUGUCCCAUCUGCUUCAAGGGUCUUCAAGGAUUUCUCAGGGUAUUCUGAACCUAUUAAAAAGAACAACAUGCUAUUUAUUAUGUUGCUAUGUUGAUUAUGGAAAGGGUGAUGCUAAUAUUGAGAUUUAUAGCUGUUUCCCCAAACAAUAAUGCCUACCUAUGACUUUAUAUAAUCACCAUCAUCAUUCUUUCCUAUUACCCUCUGCUGUGGUGUAGGGCUCUAAUCAAAAUUUUCCAUUUACAUCGGUCUUGGGCAGUCUGUUCUAGCUCCUUCCACGUCAUGCCCAAGACCCCUAGCUCCUGCUCCACCGAGCGACGCCAAGUUGUUCUGGGGCGGCCUCUCUUCCUUUUGCCAGACACUUUCCAGGUCAGUGCUCUCUUUGACAGGUGGGUAUCGGACUUUCUCAAAAUGUGACCAAUCCAAUUCCACUUCCGCGUAAGGAUCUCCUUCUCCAUUGGUGUCUGCUUAGUAAUCCUCCACAGCUCUUUGUUAGUGAUCUUCUCAGGCCAUAUGACUUUAUAUAAGUUAAUAAAGAAUACAAACUAACUUUAUACCCUACCAUGGUUAGAGUUUUAAAUAUUAUUGCUUUUAUUUCAGUCAGCUAACACGAUUUUAUUUAUAUCACUAUUUAUAUUAAUAUCACUAUUUUAUUAAGUUAAUUCAUAUAGACCAUUUUUUUUCCUAUAGAAAUAACAUAUUAUUCUGCUAACUGUAAAGCCCAUUGAUGGAUCAUUAUAAAUAGACCAUAUAAUGGUCUAACAAUGGCUAUGGCAUUAGUAUCGUUAUAUUUGGACUAUGUAGUAUAACUUUUCUGCUCAAGUGACUCAAGUUCAAUUUCGCAUGUUCUGCAACCAUUUACUCUAACUGAUCAUUUCACUUUUCCUUUAAAUUUCAAAACUCUGACUUUGCCUAGUUUAGACAAAGAUAAUCAAUAAUAAGCGAAUAGGGUUGAGCCAUUUUAGUAAAUAUUUUACAUCACAAACUAUGUGCUUAAUAUAUUCACGUCUCACAAUAAUAUCUCCGCAGAAAAUAUUAACCUCAAUAACCGUAUGUGUUAAUUGUUUAAUGUUAUGAUCCAAUUGUUUUUAUAUUUCUCUUGAUUAGGAAUUUCAAAUAAAAAUAUCUAUAGAUAGACCCUAGUACAUAGCUAUUACUCUGAGUUGUGCUUUAGAACGAGUGCUUCCUUAAGCGUUGUUUUUUGUAACAUUUACAGAUGUAAAAGAUCUUGUUAGAUUUAUUGCUGAGUAGUUUUUCUACUAGGUUUUUCUUCGUAAAACUCAUGCCAAAUCUCUAUGCAGCAUGGUAAGAGAAGAUGAUGCGCCGAUGCCACAUCACUUGGGAUAAGGGCAAGAAGAAGAAGAAGAAGUGUGUUUUUCGUGAGAUGUACUGGUCGUAAACCGAAGCCUUAAAGUUGUUUUGAAAAACUUGUGCAAAAUGUUCAAUAUUUCCUUUAGAUUAAAAUUCAUCGAUAGGCCGAAUAUUAAAUUUCGAUCUUUGCUCCAUUCAGACAAAAAGACAGUUAAUAUUAAAAACGCAUGUUUCGAUACUAGUAAGGUGAAAAUAAUUAUUUAGAAAAAAGUACCUUCAUAAUAUACAUUCGUACGGUUUUGCUUAUUGUAGAUAUUAGUAUAUAUCUGUGCAUUUACACUUCAUUAAUUCACAAUUUCAUCCACAAAAUAUCAACUCAAGAGUAACUCAGUAUAGACCCAAGAUAUAACUGUGUUUCUUUUUAUUUAUAGACGAAUUGAAUUAUUCAGGACUUAGCCAUCGAUUCGCUAUAUCGAUAAUGAUUUUUUUCGGAGUAAUUCAGAAUUUCGCUCAAUAUAUUUAUUACUAUUGCAUUGUGAAUAUUAACUUAAAGAAUUUGUUCAUCUAAUAAUUGUGGCCAAAUGUAUGCACAGUUUGUUAAUAAAAAACUAUUUAUGUUUUACCCUUUAUUGAAUUUGUUUUACAAAUGUUGAACGGUGGAAUAAAAUGUUGUGACAAUUUUUA